AUGGUUGGAGAGAAGCCGAUGCAGGCUUAAAUCCAUUAACCAACCUGACGUUGACUGCUAGAACACGUGGCUAUCAUCGAAUUCUGGAUAACACCGGGAGGAGAAGAGACUCGUUAGAAAAGGAAAAACAAAACCAACUUCUUCUUCUACUCAAAACAUUGGUAAUAAUAAUAAUUCUUCGGAUUUCUAGGGUUUCGUAUAUCUGACUCUUGAAUUCAACAUGAGUAUGACUCAAUUCGCAAUGAUAGAGGAGUUGGCUUUUCUUAUUAAAGACAAUUUACCGUGCAAGCAUCUUGUUCUUUCCAUUGAAGAGGUGUUGGUGGAUUUUCUUCUGAACGAUACCAGCCCAGAUGGUGUCUUGGAGUUGAAACCAAUGAACCCAUACAACCGCCUUCUCUUGCAUCGUCUUGCUGAUAUUUUUGGAUUUGUACAUGUAUCUGUCGGUGAAGGAGAUGAUCGCCAUUUAAUCUUGGAGCGUUGCCUAGAAUCGUCAGUACCUCCAAUUCUUGUUAGUGAUAUUCUGUGGCAACAUGAUGAGUAUCCCUCUCCAACCGAGUCACAUCAAAUCUUGAGGAGGAAAGACACUUUACCUGCCUCCAAAACCAAUACUGUUUCUAGUAAAUCCUCUCUCGAAGAGAGGGAAGCAGCUUAUUUGGCAGCCCGUCAGCGGAUCUUUUCAAAGGAUGAUAGCGAGGUUAAAGAAUCGGUCACACCAAAGCCACGAAACAUCCCUGUGGUUGCACGUCGAAUGAUAGCUCAUGCACUGGGACAAAGGGUUUCUUCUAAUUCAUCUGCUGGGGUCACUCCUUCAAUGGGUAACGAACCCAACCAAAAAAAUCAGGAAUUGAGUGGUAGUGAGAAAAGCGUGGGUCAUCAAAAUCUUAACUUGAGAAAUUCACGAGAAACAGCUGCAGUUUCCAACCAAGAACUUAGCUCACAAGACAGGAAAAUUGUUGAUAAGUCGCAGGUGACACAUGCUGCCACUGGUGAGAGGAAAAGUGAAAGGAAAAUUCAGAAGAAACCAGCAGGUAGUGAUAAUUCUGUUAGUUGUGUUCCACCGCCGAAUGGGAGAAUGCGUCAAGCUCCUUCCGAGGACAAUUUGAAACAAGAACAUCUAGGAGCUGCAAAAAGGAUGUUUGCUCAUGCACUACGCUCAAAUGGAACCAAGGAAGUAAAUGGUCUUAUUAUGAAAACCGAUACAGCAAUGCCAAUUGAAAAAGACUAGUCACGAGUCUCUAAGGGAAUCCCAAAAUCUUUUCAAGUAAUCUCAUGUGACCCUCUUGAAAAGCAACAUAGGUAUUUUAAGAUGGCACAUGGAAUCACCAAGCAAGACUCCACGACAUGUUACUGGGCCAUCUACAUCAGCUCUACCAAAGCUUAACAGUGUUCCUCAGUGUUGGUUCUCAGGGGCGGAGCCGAGUUUUGAGAAGUGAGAACUACCACCACACCCAUUUUUUGUUUUUGGUCCACUAUGAAACCCACAGACAGAAAACUUCAGGCGCGCCCCCAUUUUUGAAGAAAAAAUUAUUCCAAAAUCCAUAUUUUCUAAAAAUUCUGCUUUUCAAUUUUCCGCGUAUUGCUUAAGUGUAAAUCUGGUUUCUCUCUUUUAAUCAUGAAGAAAUUAUAAUCUUUUUGGUUCA